ACCGUCAGUAUGAGACGGAAAUUAGUUGCCUGCCUGCUGGUGCCACUGCUGGCCAUCUCCUGCUCGGCUGGCACCUACGGCAAGGGUGGAGGAGGUGGAGGACACGGUGGAGGCUUCGGAGGUGGAGGCUUCGGUGGAGGUGGAGGAGGGUAUGGUGGAGGAGGAGGUGGUUUCGGAGGCGGUGUGGGUGGAGGCUUUGGAGGUAGUGGUGGUGGUUAUGGUGGUGGAGGAGGACUAGUAGGAGGUGGUGGAGGUGGUGGUUAUGGUGGUGGAGGUGGAGGCUUUGGAGUUGGUGGUGGUGGUCAUGGUGGUGGAGGAGGAUUAGGAGGAGGUGGAGGCUAUAGUGGUGGAGGAGGUGGAGGUUUUGGUGGUGGAGGAUUUGGUGGUGGGGGAAUCGGUGGAGGUGGAUCAAUUGGUGGAGGAUACUCUGGUGGUGGUGGUGGAUUCGAUGAUGGAUUCGGAGGUGGAUCUAGCUACGGUGGUGGUGGAUCAAUCGGAGGAGGAUAUUCUGGUGGGGGCGGUGGAUUUGGUGGUGGUGGAUUUGGAGGUGGUGGAUUUGGAGGUGGUGGAGGAGGCUAUGGUGGAGGCGGUGGAUCCAACAACGGCUUUGUCUCUCUGUCCUACUCUGCCCCGUCAAGUGGAGGAUAUGGUGGAGGAGGUGGUGGUGGUGGUGGACAUGGUGGUGGUUUGGUUGUAGUCUCAGGUGGAGGAGGACAUGGAGGUGGAGGUUUUGGUGGUGGAGGCUUUGGUGGUGGUGGCGGCGGCUACGGCGGUGGAGGUUUUGGAGGAGGUGGUGGUGGUGGAGGCUACGGUGGUGGAGGAGGUGGAGGCUUUGGUGGCGGAGCAAUCACAAGCAGCUACGCGACUCCGGUGGUGAGCACAGGUGGAAAAUAUCGGUGAGCUCUGAGCAUAUGUAACGUGAGGUGGAAGGGAGGAUGUUCGCCACUUAUCCAAGACGCAUAACAAGUCUUACUAAAAAAUUAUCACUUUUAUAUUGUGAAGUAAGGUCGAAGAGAAUCCAACACCACACCACAUAAUGCAUUCAAAGCCUGAUUUAUCAAAUAUAAUGAAAGAAGAAGAAGAAGAAGAAGAAGAAGAAGAAGAAGAAGAAGAAGAAAAAGAAGAAGAAGAAAAAGAAGAAGAAGAAGAAGAAAAAGAAGAAGAAGAAGAAGAAGAAGAUGAAGAAGAAGAAGAAGAAGAAAGAAGCUAAGAAGGGGAUUCGAUAGACACCUUCAACGAAAACUUAGAUAAAUUCAUGGAAAGAAUAAAUGGUGAUACUAUGUAGUGUUAAGUUUACAGGAGCUGCCCAGUGUAGGCCGACUGGUCUCCUGCAGUCUCUAACGUCCCAGUGUAUUUAUGAUCGUAUGAGUUUAUGUGUCUUCAAGGCUUCGCCUCGUACUUAAAGUCACCUCCUUACAAGACUCCUUAACCUAUCACCUCAGAUUCAGUAAGGAAAUCAGAGUUUUCACCUUGAGAAUCCGUUAGCCAUCUCCACCUCAACAACUCUCGCCCGAAAUUUAAAAAAAACUAAAUCGAAAAAAGUUGUCAAGGAGUCGAAGAAAAAAUAAAACAAGGAAUGCC